ACUACUCGGCUCUAAGCUCAAUUCCGCACUACCGAACUCCGGUUGUUUGCUCGCGUUUUAUUUCGUCUGCGCGAACGUGAGAAAUUGAUACUGCCGGAAAUGUAGAUUUAUAUGAAUAGCAGAAUAAAGAAGAUAGCUUCUUUUCGUUUUCCGUACACGAGAGCCGCGAGCAGAUAAGGCGAAUGAUACACUCUAUUGUAGCUUCGGCAAGCGUGCGAUGUGCGGCGGUGGUGAAUGAAAAAUCGAUUUUUGUUGAAGCAUGCCUUUUUCCAGUGAGAUAUUGAAUUGAGUAGUGAAGGCACACAAGAAGUACACCCAUUUUACUGUGAUUUUCCGAGAAUUCAAGUGGCAACGUGAAGUGAGCAGUGUUUUAUGCCGCCUGGUGGCCAGUGUGAAAGUGUUCUUGCGUGGUGGUGAAGAAAGCCCGAACCGCCCAAAAAAUUACUGUGUGCAUACGAAAAAAAAAAAAUCAAAAGUAGAACGUUGAGAAAUUAAAGUGCAAGCGUGCAGCGACAAUUUGCAUCCAAUCAGUGGGGCAACAUUUUUUACCGAAUUUCACCCCGGCGAACAACAAUCAUAACUCAAGAGUCCCUUCAGCUUUGGUAGCUACAGCAGCAGCCCACGAAAGGGAAGUCGAACUUGGCCCCCAUCCGGCGGAGGAAUCAACGCAGCACCAGAGUGAGCAAAGAAAAAUGGAUGGACGAAGGCGGCAUCGAUGAGAAACCAAUCUGUGAUAAUGUCACAUCCGUGCAACCUUAUAGAGAUUAGUAUUAAAGUAGUGUACCUGAAUAGUGUGAUAGAAAUGGAUAUGUAGAGUGUUUUCGGCCAACCAGGCAACCCAUCCCAAAUAAUAAUGAACAGAUCGAACAACGUAUGGUGGACAGCCAAGGAUCUCAUGCAUAAUAAUAAGACGCACACCAGUUGGUACCCCUGCCCGACACUGUGCAUCGUGUUAUGCAGCAAACGAGUCACCUCCAAGGGCCACCGCAACAAGAAUGAACCAGGUUCAGAGUGAUCUAGUAAAGUCAGCAGUAACCGCAAAAACAGCAACCGCAAUCAAACAAUCGAGCCACAUCAACGGCACUAGCGGCAAAACCGCAAUUGCCAACAACAUCAACAUCAACAACAACAACAACAAUAACCAUAUCAACGCUUCAGCAACUACCACGAUCAAUAACAAUAACCUCGACAGCAAGAACAAGAACCAAAACCCUUCGAGUCAGGUGAACAGCCCGAACAGUGUUAUUCAUAUGACAAACGUCAGUGUGCCACAGAAGCUUCUGGUCCCGAAUGGGAAAUCGCAGGCACCGGCAGCGCCCUCUGCACCGGAUGCACGGGCAAAGCAGGUCCUAAAGGAGGCAGUUGAUGCCGUUGUAAAUAGUUUCGCCAAACACACCCAAGGAUAUGGUAGAGUAAAUGUCGUCGAAGCGCUACAGGAGUUCUGGCAGAUGAAAGCAGCGCGGGGAGCAGAGCUAAAGAAUGGCGCACUUGUGAUAUACGAAUCCAUCCCUUCGACCAGCCAACCCUACGUGUGCUACGUAACCCUACCCGGUGGUAGCUGUUUCGGAAGUUUUCAGAAUUGCCCCACGAAAGCCGAGGCUCGACGAAGUUCCGCCAAGAUAGCUUUAAUGAAUUCCGUCUUCAACGAACACCCGUCCCGUCGGAUUAGUGACGACUUCAUCGAAAAGGCAGUCCAGGAGGCCCGCGCGUCGUUCAAAGGCGAAAACCAAGAGGAAGAUGGACCGGACACGGGAAUCGGAGCGUUUAGAUUCAUGCUGGAAACUAACAAAGGUCGAACGAUGCUCGAGUUCCAGGAGUUGAUGACGGUGUUCCAGCUGCUGCACUGGAACGGGUCACUCAAGGCGAUGCGCGAGAGGCAAUGCUCCCGACAGGAGGUGGUAGCCCAUUACUCGAACCGCUCGCUGGAUGACGAAAUGCGUCAGCAAAUGGCUCUCGAUUGGAUCGAACGGGAACACGAAAAUCCUGGACUGCUCAGCAGAGAGCUGGCGAUUGCCGAAAGAGAACUAGAGACUGCUCGGUUGGCUGGACGAGAGCUGCGAUUCCCCAAGGAGAAAAAGGACAUCCUCCAGAUGGCUCACAAUCAACUCAACGGCGGCAGCAAUAUCAAUAGUUGAACAUCGAUUUGUGAUGGGCGCUAGUUUUUAAGGAUCGGUAGCAUCAAAACAAACAACAAGUUCAUAUUCCAAGAAGUGCAUCUCCUGUUAUGAUUACUCUGCGCGUGUAGCAUUGACAUUGGUCUCGUACUUGCUUCUUUUUGGAAUCCUAACGUGUGAAAAUUCCUUAUUAAUUUAAUGGAUUUGUUUUUAUGCAUUAAUGAUUACGUUUUUUGUUUGAUAUAUAGUUUUAUAUUAGAGACGAACAAAUCAUGCAGCAAGGUUUUAUUUGCAAAUAACUUAUAAUCGAUAAACGGACAACCAGAACAUAAGCUCAAGUAAAUGUGAUUCUUAUCUCCAUACUAAUCAUAGCACUUACGAGUAACAUUCCAUAGCCGGUAUUCUGUGAACAGUGUGAGUUUUUUUUUUCUUUUAAUUUGGUGGUGGUGAUUUUUUGUUUACUAGUUGACUACUUUUACAUUCUAAUCUUUUAACCUUCCACAGAGCUACUGAUAGUUUCACUACAAUUACGAUUAAACACCGCACCUACGAAUUAUUCCCAUCUUAUACUGAUAGAACGAAUACAAUAGUUUAACAUAGCAAGUAACACAGCAUUAAUACAAUAGAACCCGGACUCGGACAAAUGUACAUACACACCCAACAACGAUUCAGAAUCCGUUCAUUGUCGAUCUUAACACCGUUCAAUUUCGCCUUUUACUCUUUUAAGCGUGCAAAAUCGUUUCUUUUCUUUUUGUUUUUUUUUCCAAAAUUUCAUUAAAGAGCAAAUCCCACAGCCAAGCUGAUCAAAUGCAAACGAACAUACAACCUGGAGGCAAAUGAAUUUUUCGAUGCGAGAAAAAUCUAUUUAUUCAAACAAAAAUGUGAUUUUAAUUGAGGAGCAAAAAUUUAGUUAGAAAAAUUGGUGAUUUUGAAAAAUCGAAAAUUUUAAUUUAUAUUUAUAAUAAAAUGCAAAGGCAACAGCUGCAAAUAUUUACACCUAAAAGUAAUUAAUCUAGAAAAUGUUUUUUAACCGUAACUACAGAAAUGAAUCCUUUCGGCCAAAUUUAAUCUUAAAAUUUAGACGAAAAUUGUGAUGUAUGCGUAAAAUUAAAUUUUUAUAUAUUUUAUAUUUUUAGCGGAUGACCAAGCGACAUUUUUAAUACUUUUAACAGCUAGAGGUAAUAACUGAAUGCGAAUCAUAUUGAUAACAGAAAAUAAUAAACGAGAAACGAUGCUGGCAGGGGGAGGGAACGCUACGAACCAAGCUGACGAUGUAUUACCAUUAAAUAAUAAACAGAAAGUGGCGGAAAACCGUAGCAUAUGUCGCCCUGCCAACAACGCCUAUCAAAAAAGUGUAAAGAUGCAGUUUUAGCAGAAAAAAGCGUGAAUAAAUAGUUUCGUUUUAAAUAAAA